UUUCAGUCUUUAAUAUGAUUCUUGUGCAUUUGUGACAUCAGGCACACAGGACCAUCUUAGAUAUAAAAAAUACAGUAUUUUUUUUCUCUGAGAAGGACUGAUUGCAUAAUUUGAAGUGAAUUUUGCUCAGUAACAAAAUGGACCCCAGGAAUUUGGGAAUAGGAAUAAUAUUUUUGAUAGAGAAUACAGUUGGAAUUCUGGGAAAUGUCUCUUUUCUUUCCUACUACCUAGUUAUUUAUUUCAAGAAACACACGGUAAAGCCCUUGGAUUUAAUUCUCAUGCAUCUGAUCACAGUUAACUUCUUGAUCAUUCUCUCUAAAGGAAUAGGCAACACAAUGACAGCUUUUGGGUUGAAACAUUUCUUCAAUGAUUGGAGUUACCAACUUUUUGUAUAUGUGCUAAGAGUUUUCAGGAGCAUGUCCGUUGCCACAUUCUGUCUCUUGAGUGUCUUCCAGGCCAGCCUCAUCAGCCCUAGAAACUCCUGUUGGAAGAAUCCUAGAGCCAAAUGUCCCAAGGACAUUGGUGUCUACAUUUUUCUCUCCUGGAUCUUGUACAUCAUGGUAAAUGUACUUUUCCCUUUGUACAUGUUCAUAAAAUUAAGAAUGAAAAACAUAACAAAAGAGAUAGAUUUUGAACGCUAUACUGAUGCAGGUCAUGACAAAAUCACAGUCUCCUUAUAUAUAGCUUUUUCUGUGUUUCCUGAACUUAUAUAUUCUGUCCUCAUCACCUGGUCCAGCAGUUCAAUGAUUGUCAUUUUGUAUAGGCACAAACAGCGAGUUCAACACAUUCGAAGUCCUUGUGCUUUCCACAGUAACUCCACAGAGUCUACAGCCACCAAGAACAUCCUUGUCCGAGUGUUCACCUUUCUGGCUUUUUAUACCCUCUCUACCAUCUCACAUGGCUGCAGUGCUCUAUUGUCUGGUCAAAAUUGGUGGCUGAUGAAAAUCACAAUCAUUAUAUCCUUGUCUUUUCCCACUUUGAGCCCCUUUGUACUUAUGAGUAAAUCAGCCCCUUUCUCUAGGCUCUAUUGAAAAAUGAUACAGAAUCCUCUAAUAUUAUUACAACUACUUAAAUUGCAUUCUUUUUCAGAAUCUGAUUUUUGAAAAAGGAAACAAUACACAAAUUAUUUGGG